GAGGGCUGUCAGUGAGUGUCAGUCGCUCCUCCUUAGCUGUGCGGGCAGGGAUUGUCAUGUGAUUGUGAGCUUCUCUGUACAGUCCCGGAGUUGUGUACUAAGUGCAGCAAUGGCUGGGGGCUCCGUGCUGCUGCGGCUGCUACUGUGUAUGGUGUUGGCAGCAAUAAUCGGACUCGCACAGGACGUGCCGCCGUACACAGAGGAUUGCAGAAGUGGAACUUACCCACCCACGGGCCCCACGUUCAAAGGAAAUAUAUCAUGGUAUACUGUAAAUCUGGACCAGGCGCCACAGGAAAGGUGGCAAAAGCUUAUAAGUGAAAAGAAAACAGCACUAAACAAUUUAAUCCAAGCAAUUAAAAAUCUGGCAACGUCAUUCUUCCCAGGUGAAAAGAUAAUACAGCUAGUAGAUAAGGAACUGCCUCUCCUUAUUGGAACACUUCCUUCUCCAUUUGGUGAAGAGAUUAAAGGAGUUGCUGAUGCCUCUGGGCUGCCGUUAGGGGAGGUGAUGCUAUUUAACAUAUUUUAUGAAGUCUUCACAGUGUGUACUUCCGUUGUGGCAGAGGAUAAAUCUGGAAAGUUAUAUCAUGCCAGAAAUCUGGAUUUUGGGUUAUUCCUUGGAUGGGAUGUAAAGAACAACUCAUGGAUGGUCACACAGUUAUUAAGGCCAUUGGUUGUUAAUGUGGAUUUCCAGAGAAAUGGGAAAACGGUUUUUGUGUCCACCAGUUUUGCUGGAUAUAUUGGGAUGCUAACUGGAAUGAAACCUGGCGUCUUUUCUCUAACAAUGAAUGAGCGCUUCAGCGUUGAUGGAGGUUUCAUUGGUGUCUUUGAAUGGAUCCUUGGGAAGCGGGAUGGCAUGUGGAUGAGCUUUCUCACUAGAAGUGUACUAGAGAAUUCAACAAGUUACGAGGAAGCUAAGACUCUCUUAUCCAAAACAAAGUUGCUGGCUCCAGCGUAUUUUAUAUUGGGAGGCAACAAAUCCGGAGAGGCUUGUGUGAUCACACGUUCCAGGGCGUCCUGCCUUGAUAUCUGGGAGCUGGAUUUAAAAGAAGGAAGAUGGUAUGUCCUGGAAACAAACUAUGACCGCUGGAAGGCACCACUACCCAUUGAUAACAGAAGGGACCCAGCCAUGAAAUGCAUGGGAAGGACUUCUCAACAGAACAUCUCAUUUGGAACCAUCUAUGAUAUGCUUUCAACCAAACCUGUCCUCAACAAGCUCACUGCAUAUACAACACUGAUGUCGGUUUCUGAUAACAAGCUAGAAGCGUACCUGCGCAUCUGCCCAGAUCCCUGCAUGCCAUGGUGAGGACAAAGUAAGAAAAGAUGAUUGAAAAUGGCCAAAAUCUGGCCAGUAGGGUUGAGUGGCCUGUGGCACACACAGAACAAAGGAGAGUUACUGGUGGGACAGUCUGGGGCGGACAAACUACUACUUGACAUAGUCUGCAGCUUUAUCUCAUAAGACCAAAAGAACAAAUCAUUCCGUACUACUGAAUAUUGUGAUUUCUGCUCUGCUUUCUGAAGGAUCAGAUUGAAAUAAUUGUGCAGCGUUCCAUAUAUAUUAUUACAUGUGUAAGGUUACCAUCCUCACCCCUUUAAAAAAGGACACUUAUUGGACACACAUGCUGCCAAGUUGGAUGCAUGGAACAAGGAUUUGUGUGCAGUCGUCAUCCAACCUGCAGCAUGUGUGUUUAAUAAGUGUGAGACGGUAAGCCUACACAUGCGCAGAAGGCACGUCAUCCUGACCAAAAAAUGGGUUACCUGAGCAAAAUAGGCCCCUAAGCGUAUAACAAUGCUACCACCAUAAGCCUAUUAUAACGAAACUGCUUCCUUACCAAGAUAUUCCCUAGCUGAAAGGAAAGUUAUUGAUCUAUUUUCAGGGUCAGAAUGAUGACUUUAUAAUUUACUAAAGGAGAUUAAGACAGUGAAUGGUGCUGCACACACAGAGAUUGAUGCAUUUUAUACUUAUAUUUAUUCCUUACUUUCUUUCAUUUAAUACAGAAGUAAUUUCUUUAUUGUGUGAGGUUUCUUUAUUAAAUACUAUUGUCUUUGUUCUGA